AUGACAUUGACAGAAUGGCCGGCAAUCGAUGAAAUAUGGAAGGCGAAGAGAAAGCAUGAAUCAGCUCUUGAACUCACCAAGUUGCUAGCGAAGAUGGAUACUACAUGGGCAAACAGUUUAAAAGUAGAAGACAGACCCAUUUCCUUGAGGAAAGGAUCAAACUCUUUGGACGACGAUGACAAAGGAGGCGCCGGUAAAGGAGAAGGAGGAGAUCAAACACCUGACACCCCAUUGCUUAUUGCAGCAAGUGAAGGAAUAGUUGAAAUAUUUGACGAGAUACACGAUGUGCAUCCUCAGGCAAUUGAGCACAUUAGCAAGGAUGAGGUAACUAUAGUGGUUGUGGCAAUUUGCCACCGUCAAAGAGAAAUCUUUCGGUGUCUAAAGAUGAUGAAAGGGGUAAUGGAACAUCGGUUGUUUUCACUGAUUGAUAAGCAAGGCUACACCAUAUUGCAUCACGCUGCAGACAUGAAGAACUAUAAUGGAGGGACUCGCGCUGGUCCUGCACUCCAAUUGCAGGAGGAGUUGCAAUGGUUCGAGCGUGUGCGAAAGAUAGUUCCCUCUCAUUAUGUCAUGCACCGCAACAAUGCCGGUAAGACUGCAGAAGAGCUUUUCAAAGAGCAACAUGCCGGGCUUCUCGAGAAGGCGGAAAGGUGGAUAAAGGAGACCUCUCAUUCGUGCUCUGCGAUCGCAAUCCUUGUUGCCACUGUUGUUUUCACAGCUGCUUUGACCGUCCCAGGAGGUAACGAUCAGCAGGGUCAUCCAGUUUUCCUUAAUUCUCCCUUCUUCUUGUUCUUCACCAUCAUGGACGUUGUCUCCCUUGCGAGCUCCUUGACUUACGUCGUCAUGUUCCUCUCCAUCCUCACGUCUCCAUUUAAGCAAGAAAAUUUCCUCAAAUCUCUCCCUCGGAAGCUCAUGAUUGGUUUCACCUUACUCUUCCUCUCCAUGACAACCACCAUGCUCUCUUUCACGGCCACCAUUUUUCUCAUCAAUCAUUUCGAAAAGAAAGCUUUGACUGUCACUCUCAUUAAUAUUGCUGUAUUGCUUCCCGUCUCCAUCUUUGUGCUUAUGCAGUUCCCCUUGUAUGUUGCACUCUCCAGUAAUAUGCAUUCCCUUUUCAAGAAAAUUAUGAAGAAGGCUCUUCGCAAGACUUCCAUUCCUCUUUUUUCAAGGCUGGUAACCGCAAGACAUGUACGUUAA